AUGGAGGACUUUCUAAGGGACUGGCGCCAGGAUGCCUUGAAUAAACACCAGUACGAUUCAGCGAUAUUUAUCGGCGACAAGCUGCUCGCUCUAACAAGGAAUGACAAAGACGCCUUCUGGCUUGCCCAGGUUCAUUUCUCCACCGGCAACUACACUAGGGCCCAAAGCUUCCUCUCAAAGCAAGACCUGAUCGCUCGGAAUCCCUCAUGUCGAUAUCUUGCCGGCCACUGCUUAAUAAAGCAAUCUAGGUUCGAAGAGGCACUCAACGUCCUCGGGGAGAAGAACCCCACCCACCUCAUCACAAGUUCGAGUAACAGUCGGCGGAAACUACAGCAUACCAGCGGAACCGGCCGGUCAGGGCUCACACACCAUGGCAAAACAAGCAGACCCGAGAGAGAGAGUCAUGAUAGCAGGGACGAGGCGGCACAAGAAGACGCGGCCAACAUUAGAUUUGAAGCCGCAAUGUGCUUCCUCCGAGGGCAGUGUUACGCCAAACAAAACGCAUUCGACCGGGCUAAGGAAUGCUACAAAGAUGCCGUCCGCAUAGACGUACAGUGCUUCGAGGCUUUCGAACAGCUUAUGAAAAACUGCCUAAUGUCACCAGAUGAGGAAUGGCAAUUCCUUGAAUCUCUUGACUUUGACGCUAUCUCCAUUUCGGACAACCCAUCCUCGUCUCAGGAGGCAGCGGAGUUCACCAAGAUGCUAUACACGACAAGACUGUCAAAGUAUAAGAACCCAACUGCAUUCACAGCAGCUACAGAAACACUGUCCACGCAUUAUAAUCUCGCCACCAACCCAGAUCUUCUCCUCGCGAAAGCUGAUCUCCUCUUUACCCAAUGCAGAUUUAAGGAUGCACUGGCAAUCACCAAUUCCAUUCUUCAAACCGAUAAAUACAAUUUCAGCAUAUACCCUCUGCACUUGGCUUGUCUCUACGAGCUCGGGCUGAAGAACGCUCUCUUCCUCGUGUCUCAUGACCUAGCGGAUAACCACCCCGAAGAGCCGUGUUCUUGGCUCGCCGUUGGUAUAUACUAUCUUGCGAUCAAUAAAAUCGCGGAGGCUCGUCGGUAUUUUAGCAAAGCGAGCAUGAUGGACCCCCAUUUCGGACCUGCAUGGAUUGGUUUUGCGCAUACAUUCGCUGCUGAAGGCGAACACGAUCAAGCCAUUUCAGCAUAUUCAACGGCCGCUAGGCUCUUUAUGGGUACACAUCUCCCACAGCUCUUUCUCGGGAUGCAAAACCACUUGUUGAACAACAUGACACUUGCGGAUGAAUUCCUCAAGACUGCCUAUGGACUGUGCAGAACCGAUCCUUUACUCCUCAAUGAGAUGGGCGUUGUUUUCUACCAUCAAGAUCGACUCGAAGAUUCGGUAACCAUGCUCACUAAAGCGUUGGAGAUUGCGGACGAAAUUGAUAGUGAUUCCCAAGCUUGGAUCUCAACACGAGCCAAUCUUGGCCACGCUUACCGAAGGCUUCAGCAAUGGGACCUAGCGCUGGCCGAAUUCGACGAGGUCCUACGCCAGGGCGGCAAAGAUCCUGCUAUUUUCUGUGCCAAAGGCCUUGUAUUGAUGGAACAAAAACGAUCUUAUGACGCCGUUUAUGUUUUCCACGAGGCUUUGGCAAUUUCCCCUCAAGAUGCCAUCGCCACGGAACUGUUGAACAAGGCACUUGAAGAAACUGCUGGUGGUGGCACAAGUGGUGCGCAAGAAAUUGAGGAUAAUGAUGAUUUUGAAAGAGAAUUGGCGCUGAAAAAGGUCGAGGCAGCACAGGUUCUUGCCAAGAGAAGAGCUGGGAAGGGCAAAGAAAGGCAAAGGAUGGGCGGCGGCUUUGGUGGGAAUAGGAAUAUUCUUAUGGACCUGGCUGAUGAUGAUUAA